AUGUCCACAGAAACAACAGCACCCAACAACGCAUCAAUCACUGCCCCCAUAUCAAAACCAGCUGAUAAUUUGAAUAGUAGUGAAUAUCAGAGUUCCUAUUCCUGGAAGUUGCCAAUGGUUCAGGUUAAUCGACCGAAGGAACGUACAGUCACCGAAUAUCAACGAGAAUUCACAUGGAAGGAACCGCCCACCGUAUCAACACCUUCACCAACGCCCGCUGUCGUUAAUCCUACUAAUCCACCCGAGACAUUACCAACAUCAAGAAGUACUCCACAACCCACAGUAGUUGAAAGGCUGGCCGAUACUACAAAAACUGACAUUCCAACAACGAUUAAAACUCCCGAACUAAGACGUCUGGACCUACCUCCGACACCAACUCCACCACCCAUCACUGAUGUGGGUUUGCUGAGACACAAUGGUGACUUUGUGGGAGAACCCGAGGAGUCGUAUAACGCGGAAAAAUCUUUCUCGAAUUCAGAUGUCUUGAAAUGGAAGGAUGGUCUGAGAAAAGAUAACGGGACAGAGCAAAAGCAAUCAACGCUGGCCUCAAGUUUAGAUCCCCGAGCAAAAAAGAUUGUUGCGCUGGAAGCCAGUCGUCUGUCGAAAAAAUCCCGUUCAUAUUCCAUGUAUUCUCUGGCUGACCAACUGAAGACAAUGGAAAUCGCACGAGAUCUAUCGAACCCGAUGGAAUCCGAGUACAAACAACAAUUCAUUGAUUGGCAAGGGUAUAAUCGUGUGGAAAGGGAUGGGCAUCCGGAGAACGGUCACUCUUUGAGACGCAGAGGUUCGUGGUCAUCUUCGCUGCCGGCUCCUCUCAAGUGGAUGGAGGGCUUGGAUCUUGAUGAUCCGUUGUCACGUGAAUCAAGAAGGCUUAAACCAACGGUCACCGAUGCAAAUUCAAUAAGAGCCAAUCCCAAGCGACCCACCACCUCCGCGGACUUCCGUGACUACGGUAGUCUCGAUGCUGAUUAUGCCUCAUCAACAACCAUCAAAUCCAACAAGCAAUCUGACCAAGACUACUACACCGUUGACGCUCCUCGUCCUUUGCACAGGGCGAAGAGUAGUGUGGACUUGUCAAGGUCAAAAAGUCUCGGUGGGAGUCCCUUGCGUCAUUCGGUUGUGUCGAAUAAUCUCGACGAGCGUGAUCUAGUCAAUAAUCAACCCGAGCCGGUGGACGCGCGUCGACGCGAUUUUGAAAAAGAAUCGCGUAACCGUUCCACAUAUAUCGAUGAUCGCAGACACGGUUACGAACAUCUAUACGACAACAAUCGAAGAGGUGAUAGCGUCUAUGAUGAGAUGAGACGAGAUGGCGUGUAUGAUGAAAGGAGACGAGAUGCGUAUGAUGAAAAGAGACGAGAUGGCGUGUAUGACGAAAGGAGGCGGGACAAUGCAUACGAUGAAAGGAGACGAAAUGAUGAAUAUGAUGAAAGGAGGCGAGAUAAUGCUUACGAUGAUAAAAGGCGAGAUAAUGCUUACGAUGAUAAAAGGCGAGAUAAUGGUAUGCGCGAUGAAAGGGGAAGAGACAGUGUUUACGAUAAUAAGAGGCGAGAUGGUGUAAAUGAUGAAAGGAGGCGAGAUAACUUUUAUGAUGAAAGGGCGCGAGACGGCGUCUACGAUGAGAAGAGAAGAGGUCAUUUCUACGAUGAAAAGAGGCGAGAUCAUGUGUAUGAUGAAUAUUAUGACGGUAAUGGUAGCGGUAGGAUGGAUUACGACAGACGACGUGAUGAUAGACAAGACAACCGAUAUAACAACAAUAAUAAUGACAGACACAAAGACUACAACGGUUACAAUGAGAUUCGUCAACGAGACAAUGGAUUUGACGAGCGUAAUUACACGUCAAAACAGAAUGGCGGUAGGCGUGAUCAUGAGGAUUACGAGUCAAGGUAUAAUAAUGGUCGUCCGCUCAAAACCUCCGAUCAUGAACAAUAUGGUCACUACGUUGACCUGCCAGCUGGCGGUGGUCAUACCCGAAAUCCGUCAUAUGCCUCGUCUUCGAAAAGCUCCAUUUACGACGAUGUUCAACCACCAACCGCUCACCCAUCGUAUUUAGAACAUUUACGACAUCGGUCGAGUUUCAGCGAUGUGAGUUCGAUAUCAACGCCGAGCAGUCCGGCAACCCCAAAUGGGUUGUACGAUAUUGUUGAACAGAAAUGGCGAACGAACAAUGGAUUGGAUCCCAGAAUUUACAAGGAACAAUCGUAUGCAUCGUCGGUGGUGUCGAAAGCAUCAUCCAACUCUCCAAAAUCAUCGUGGCCUGUGGACGACGCGAAGGACCGAUAUUAUCAACCGAGUGUCCUAAGCCCCUCACGUAACAAAUUUUAUGUGGAUGAUGACGAGGAGGACGAGUACUCCUCCCAAUCCGAUCUUCACGGGAAACGUCAAUCGCAUUCACUUUUGAACUCGGUGUUAAGAGAUCGAGGCUUAAAGCCGUCUACGUCAACACCUCGGUCCCACAGCUCAAUGCAUUCCUCUCCAUCCUACACACGGGAUCCAAGUCCUUCGCACGAUUCAUAUUCCAGGAAACAGCGACAACACAUGAUUACAUCGCCUACACUCUCGCCGUCAUAUUCUUCAAGACCUGAGUCGCGUGCAAGUGUUAGCAGUCACGCUACCUCGAUCGAAGAGGAAUCCGCCUUAUUGACGGAUAUCCUCAAAGACGCUGAAGGUCUGACAAUUAAAAAUUUAAGUUCACAACUGGCCAUGUUCAAAAAUCGAGAUUUCAAAUCAAUUGCUCCGGGAGUCGAAAAGAAAUCCCAGAGCACACCGGCCACGAGGAAAACAUCUGUAGCAAGCGGUUCAACAACGUCAAAGGCGGUUUCUUCCAAGAGCACAUCGUCAAAGACAUCAUCAAAGGCACCGUCAAAGGCACCGUCAAAGACAUCGUCAAGAACUCUGACAAAAACAACAACACCAACCGCAACGCGGACACCAACGAAAGGUUUGAAGAGUAAUUCCGCACCUGGUACACCGGGCGCGGGUCCAAAAUCGAAGGGGUUGAAUUCAAAAGGAACACCAGGUAGCCGACCAACAAAUUCAAUGAAUACCACAUCUUCGUACCGCGAGGCGUAUCGGGAUUACACACAGGAACGCCGGCCGACUGACUUUUCGGCGGCUCGAGAAGCUUUGAAUCGAGCGAAACUGAAGGUGGAUGAGAUGUUAGAACUAGUUAGCAAUGGUGGUAUUCCAUACUAA